AUGCUGCUCCGAACUCUGCUCCUUACGCUCUUCGUGUUUGUCCUUGCCAAAAACGAUACGAUUGCAGAAGUAGAGGAAGAGUCGGACGAGGACGAAGGAUGCAACAAGGCGACUCUUGGUGGCCAACCGGUGGACAUAACGACAGCGCCAUGGAGCGCUUCCAUUUCGAUCAGGGAAAAGGCCAAGUGCGGCGGAGCUAUAUACAAGCUGACUCACAUUGUGACGGCUGGCAUAUGCGUGGAUGGGUUCUUGAAUAAGGCGAUCAGGAUACGAGUGGGUAGCACCACGCGCAGCGAUGGAGUCGUCGAGGCUGAAGUCUGCAACAUCACAGUUCACGAAAAGUUCUCUGGCCGCACAAUACUGCACAAUCUGGCCAUAUUGAAGCUGUGCGAACCACUGAAGGCCUCCAAAACGAUCCAGACCAUCCAGUUGGCCAACGAGUUUCCGGCCAAUGGGGCAAAGGUCACGGCCCACGGCUGGGCCUCCUUCAUGUGGUGGACAAUGCAUUGGAAGCAGUGUAUGGAUGAUGAAGCAUACAAGCUGCAGAAGGCCGAGGUCAAAAUGUUUGGACCUAGCCAAUGCACAGGUCUGUUGGUGGACAGCAGUCGGUCCAAAAGAAACUUCACAGAGGACUUGUUCUGCACCGAGAAGUUCAGUCAGGAUGCCUGCUCCUUUGGCAUGGGAUCACCUGUGGUCCACCAUGGCAAGCUAGUCGGCAUCUUGUCGAAAGGCGGCUGUUCCAAACGGCCUGAAGUCUACAUCAAUAUUAUCAGGUACAAGAACUGGCUGGAAAGUCACGCCAAGUAAACUUAACCAAUGUAUGAUAAACAGCCUUCUCCCAAUUAAUUGUUAAAAAUGAAAUUGCUUUCGAGCUAUGACUUUGUGCAGAUAAAUGUAAGUAAUAGGCAAUACUUCCUAUUUUGAUAGACCUUCGAAGUGAAGCAAAGCUAUCACUCAAUUUGAGGUAUGGCUUUGCAGAUAAGAAAUAUUCCACACCAAAAAUUGAAUAACAUUUCCCAUAAAAAGAGUCGCACAUGCAGCUCCAAAGGCAGUUCCACUAUA